AUGGACCCCCAGACAGCCAGAAUAAAGAUUGUCCGCCAAGAAACCACUCACAGCCAUCUCCCAAGUUCAGGUCAUUUCCCGGUGGAGACGUGCGGCCGGCCGUACCAGCUGCCUGGAUUCACGGCUGCUUUCAUCUCCUACAGCUUUACAUUGAUGGACGACAUUACGACUGCUUCUGAUCCACGCUAUGGCGGCUCUGGCGAAGGGUCCAACUCAAACUCCAAUUCUGGUAGUCAACACCAGCCUCCGAUCGAUAUGACUUCUCAAACUCCCAACGACGACGACCCGCUAUUCGACUUGCACGAUGACGAACCUGUUCAGGGAAAUAACUUUGCUUUUACCCCGACACAACUUCACAAACUCCUAACCACAAGGAGUCUCUCAGCGCUACGCGCCUUUGGCGGCCUGCUGGGUUUAGCCGCUGGCCUUCGAACGGACAUAUCAGCCGGACUCAGCGUCGACGAGACAACUCUUGAUGGCACUGUUACCUUUGAUGAAGCAGUAGCUUCCGGUAACCUUGAACGACCACCACUGGUUUCCGCUGCUUCCCCUCCGCCAUCGCCGCCGCUCCUCCACAACGGUCUUUUUGAACAUCAUGAUAAUCAUUAUGUGGAUCGCAAACGUGUUUUUGGGGACAACCGCCUUCCUCAAAUAGCACAAAAAUCCUUCUUCAGGCUGCUUUGGAUUGCGUUUAAUGACAAACUUAUCAUACUUUUGACCAUAUCUGCCACAAUUUCGCUUGCUAUUGGUAUCUACCAGUCUGCCGAUAAGGCAGUAGGCGCAUCCCGUGUUGAGUGGGUAGAUGGCGUUACCAUUGUAGUUGCGAUCCUCGUCAUCAUCAUAGCUAGCGCUGCGACCGACUGGCAGAAGAAUUACAAGUUUAAAAAGGUCAAUGAGCGGAAGCAGCAGAGAGACGUGACAGUCGUUCGGUCGGGUAGAUUGCAGCGCAUCUCUGUCCACGAAAUUGUUGUUGGCGAUCUUUUGCAUCUUGAAGCUGGCGAUAUCGUUGCCGUUGAUGGUGUUCUCGUGCAAGCCUCAAGUCUGCAGAUGAAUGAGUCUUCCAUCUCUGGAGAAGCUGAUUUGGUUCACAAGUGCGUUUCGAGCCCCAAUCACUCAGUGCAUUCAUCUCGAAUUGAUCCUUUCAUUUUGAGUGGAACUACUGUUGCGCGUGGUGUUGGCUCCUACAUCGUCACGGCUGUCGGUGUCAACUCGACCUAUGGACGUAUUCUGAUGUCGUUGAGAGAUGAGGUUAAAGCAACGCCACUCCAGGUGAAACUCGGUCGUCUCGGCAAACAGCUCAUCAUUAUUGGCGGUAUUGCUGGCUCCAUCUUCUUCUUCGUUCUUUUAAUCCGAUUCUUGACAAGACUCAACACCAUUACUGGCGGCCCAUCCCAGAAAGCCGAAGACUUUCUACAUAUCCUAAUACUGGCUGUCACGGUUGUUGUAAUCACUGUCCCUGAAGGACUGGCGCUUAAUGUGACCAUUGCUCUUGCUUUUGCAACGAAACGCAUGCUUCGAGACAAUAAUCUUGUCCGGCUGAUCCGAUCGUGCGAAAUCAUGGGAAAUGCCACAACUGUCUGUUCCGAUAAGACAGGUACUCUGACACAGAAUAAGAUGACUGUGGUGGUUGGACGAGUCGGACUUGAAGCUUACUUUGACGACACUGAUCUUGUUAUACCUGACCCAGAUUCAUCCAUGUCGCGUGCCUCUACCAUCAAGUGCGACAGUUCGAUCGAACUCGCAAAGUCACUCUCGCCAGAUUGUCGGCGACUACUCAAAGACAGCAUCGCGCUCAAUUCUACCGCUUUCGAAACCGAUGACUCUGGAUCAUCUCCCUUCAUGGGUUCAAGCACCGAGACAGCCUUGUUGCAAUUUAGUCGUCAGCAUCUGGCCAUGGGUAAUUUGGCUGAGGAGAGAGCUAAUUGUCCUAUUGUUGCUAUUCUUCCCUUUGACUCAUCCCGCAAGUGGAUGGCCGUCUUGAUCAAAGUUGACGAUGAUCGAUAUCGACUUCUGGUCAAGGGAGCUGCGGAAGUCGUGUUUGAGUAUUGCGCCUUUGUCGUCCUGGACCCGACCUUUAGACUUCCGGUUGCUCGUCUCUCAGAGAACGAUCGUGCAAGUUAUCGUAACACGAUUGAAGACUACGCGGGUAGAAUGUUGCGGCCGGUUGCCAUGGCGUACCGAGAUUUCACAGCGCACGAAAUUUUUGAAGGUCCCGACGACGACCCCGACAACAUCAACCUGGAGUGGCUGGCAUCCGGCAUGAUUUUUAUCGGCGCCUUUGGUAUCCGUGACUCGUUGCGACCCGAAGUUGUCGAGUCUGUUCGCCAAUGCCAAGCUGCUGGAGUGUUUGUUCGCAUGGUUACAGGCGACAACUUUUUGACGGCUAAAGCUAUUGCGGCGGAGUGUGGAAUCUACACGGCUGGCGGCAUUGCCAUGGAUGGACCAACCUUUAGGGAUUUGACUCCUGAGCAACUUGACGCUGUUAUCCCAAGACUGCAGGUCCUGGCCCGAUCGAGUCCAGAGGAUAAGCUCCUUCUCGUAACCCAUCUAAAGCGAAUGAACGAGACGGUAGCAGUGACGGGUGAUGGCACAAAUGAUGGCCUUGCUCUCAAGGCAGCUGAUGUCGGGUUUGCUAUGGGUAUACAAGGUACCGAAGUGGCGAAAGAAGCCGCAUCCAUCAUCCUUCUUGACGAUAACUUUGCCUCAAUCGUCAAAGCUCUGAGCUGGGGUCGAAGUGUGAAUGACUCAGUGAAGAAAUUCUGUCAGUUUCAAUUUACGAUCAAUAUCACUGCAGGUAUCAUUACCGUUGUUUCAGAGCUUGUCGGCGACGCCAUUUUUACUGUCGUACAGCUGCUUUGGAUCAACUUGAUCAUGGAUAUCUUUGCAUCUCUCGGUUAUGCUACUGAUCACCCAUCCCCCGACUUUCUUAAACGCAAGCCCGAACCUCGCAACGCACCUAUUAUUUCCAUUACCAUGUGGAAGAUGAUCAUCUGCCAGGCCAUAUAUCAGCUGACAGUGGUUUUUGUUGUGCAUUAUGCCGGUUGGGAUACUUUCAACCCUGACACCGAAUUCGAGAUCGAAAAGCUGCAGACGCUGGUGCUGAAUAUCUACGUCUGGAUGCAAUUCUUCAAUCAACACAACUGUCGUCGUGUGGAUAACAAGCUUGACAUCUGGUAUCAAGGCAUCUUGAGAAACCCCUGGUUCAUCGGAGUACAACUCAUCACUAUUGUUGGUCAGUUCGUCAUUGUCUUCAAAGGAGGCGAAGCUUUCGACACCACUCCUCUCACGGGUGCCCAGUGGGGGUGGAGUCUUCUCUUUGGUGUCAUGGCCAUCCCUCUGGGUGCUUUGAUUCGGCAGAUUCCGGAUAGCUGGGUCCAGAACAUCUUUACACUGAUUAGUUCCUCUUGGUUCACGAUCUGGCGGCCGCUGCGUGCAUUCAUGUCUAGAACCUUUAGUUGCUUGAAGCGCAAGAAGGCAGAUGACAAGGAAGAACAACAACCAGAGCAUGAGAUGGGUCCUGUUGAAAAUAUUCUUCAUAUGAUGCAUCUAACCCCCGAUAUGGAAGAUGAUGAGACACCGAUGACACAGGAACAGAGAGAAGCAAUGGCCCGAUCGGACCAGAGAAGGUUGCAGAAGGAGGGCGAAAAGCCGAAGAGAGAGCUUGAUCUGCAUGCCCUGGUAGAGGCGGCCAAGGUAGCAAGGCGUUCCGACGGCGCUAUCUUUGAGAUUCACCCCAAGACUCUCAAGGAUGACCCCAUCCUGAGGACAAGCGACGGUACCAAGAGUACCUUGCCACCAAGUCAAGACGAAGAAUUUAUGAGAUUUGUCGCCUUGAAUACAGCCCGACCACCUCGAGCGAAGAGGGUAGCCCCGCGAGGCCAGACGCGACCAUCGCAGCGGCAGGAGCAAAAGAGUUCAUGGAGACACCACAUCUCAUGGGAAGGACUAUUGAGAUCUAAGAGGCGAUAA